AAAAAAAAAACGCACACCGAAUUGCAGGCAAGUUGUGUUCUUUUUCUUUAAACACAUAAUGCGAUGCAGAUUGUGAUGAGGCUGAGCACCGUCAACGAUGGGAAUGGUUUAAAUUACAUUGGCAUUUUCUCCCGCUCUCCGGAUCCAGAUUCCAAAGCGCGUGGCCCCGGCCCCUCCAAAUCACAUCGAUCCGCAAAUUGGCGAGUUUGGCAUUUCUUCCAAGCUUUGCCAAUCUCGUUCUCUCAAUUUCGUUUUCCUGCAAUCAGAAAACUAUCCUUCGGGUCCAACUUCCAUCUUUUCCAACUCAACAACAUGGGCGGAUGAUGAUGGUGCCUGUCCAAACACGUGCGCGCGGCCGGGGUCAAUUUCCGCUCAGGCGCAAUUUCAAAUUAGGUAGCCUUGGAAGGAAUGCGUCCGUUGGUGAAUCCAUCCCUUCUUCCGCUUUUAUCCCUCAUGUCAAGUGCGAGGAGACACCUCCAUGCCGUCGUCGCCGCAGCGAUCGUUUGCUGCUUUCUUUUGCUUACCGCAAUGCUGAGACUGCCACAAGCCCCAUCUUUUGUCGUCCCACGUACUGUCAUCGACAACGCGGCUUGCCCAGCAAAUGACGCAACGCCUCGGCCCAAUCUACGCCAAUCGGAUGGGGAGCAAUCAUUAUUUAGACAAAAUCUGACCGUUUUCUCUCAUCCGACGCUCUCCUUCCGUGACAAUCUCUGGUCUGAUAAGAAUUACAUUACGACAUGGGGCAGCGCUGGAUUCACUAACGAUUUUAUGGCCUAUAUGAAUCUAAUAUACUUGGCGAUGAUGACCGACCGGAUCCCCAUUAUUCCGCCCCCAUCCUUUUCUCAUCACGUCGACACUCGAGAGAAACUAUACUUCAAUCAAGUCUUCAAUGUCUCCUCGUUCAGUGCCUCGCUCAAAUGGCCCAUACUGGACUGGUCGGAAGUGAAGACCCCAGAGUCAGAGCACCCUGAUAUCAUAGGUUGUUGGUCAACAUGGGAACGAGGUGCACCCGAGAAACAACCAAGAUGGAGCAGCGUCACGGAAAUCCUGUUCAUCGAUCCCUCUUAUACGACCACCCCUACUUGGGCUUCGUUCGGACCUCCCGGGUGGCCUCCCCGAAUAUCUGCUGUAUCUAGUCUUGCAUAUCCACAAGGUCGCCAAUGGGCGUUAGAGAACGAGAAGCCCGUUCCAUCGAGACACGAAAAACAUGAACUCCUUCCGGACGAGCAUCUCUUCUGCAUGGACUACAUUUUCUAUGCAGGGUUAGCGUUUCCAAAGGACAUGUUUGGUGUCGAGUGGAGCCCUGGAUGGCGAAACGUUGCGCGACACGCACAUUUCAACGAGCCGUUACUCGAAGCUGGGAGGAGGUACAUCCGGAGGUUAUUUGGAACGUCGGAAGAGGGUACGACACCACAUUUCAUUGCCGUUCACAUUCGUCGUCAAGACUUUGAAUCGUGGUGUGGAGAUGGUGCAGCCGACGACUGCCUCGCUCCUCCAUCGGCGUACCAUGUACGCGUCAAGGAAGUUCAAGAGGAGUUACUGACCAAGAAGGGGAUUCACGUUGAACAUGUUGUAUUUUCGAGUGAUGACAAGGACUCGAGUCUGUAUUGGAAAGAAGUGGAGUUAUUUGGUUGGCGACGUCUUGCUCUUGAAGAUGAUGACGCCGAAAUGGACUUGAGACGAACUUUGGGAUCAUGGACAUCUACCAUUAUGGACGCCGCGAUACAAUCACUCGCGAUCGGCUUUGUAGGCACGGAGCUAUCAACUUUUAGCUUGUUGUCGACGCAUCGUGUAGAGGAAUGGAAUGGUGGAGUGACGCGGGGUGUGAAAUGGGGUCAGAAAGGGGCGGAUGAACACUAAUUUAUAAUUUAUAAUUCCUAAAGUCGAACUCAACUCCCCUCGGCCCUCCUUGCCCUUACGCAAAUGGGACGGGAAUGCUCUUUAUCUUUUCCAUCUCAUUUCAUUUUUGGUUAUGUAGUAUAUCAGUGCAGCUUCCACACAGCUGUGUAAUUUCAUGUGAUGGACUUUCCGGAAAUUGG